CCGAGAUCCCGUGAGUCAAAGUGAAACUGCGCGCGCGCCGCCAAGAGACUUUGAUGAACCUGUCGCGGAGGCGGAGCUUCCCCAUGCACCUAUUCCCGGCCGGCGGCCAGCACGCCCUCCUCCGGCUGGUGGACUCCUGCUGCUCCCCGGCGCACCUCUCCGCCGUCCGCGCCGCGCAUGCGCGCCUCCUCCUCCUCCAGGACCCCUCCUCCCACCCGUCCCCCGCCGUCGCUCGCGUCAAGCUCAUCCAGGCCUACGCCGCCUGCUCCGCGCUCCCGGCGGCCCGCGCCGUGCUCGCGUCCUCCCCGGACCGCACCAACGUGUUCUACAACGUCCUCCUCCGCGCGCUCACCAGGGCCGCCCUCCACCGCGACGCCCUCCUCCUCUUCGCCUCCAUGCGGCCGCAGGGCGCCUCCUGCGCCCCCGACCACUACACCUACCCGCUCGCUCUCAAGUCCUGCGCGGCGUCGGGCAGCCUCCUGCUCGGCCUCCAGAUCCACUCGUCCAUCGCCAGGACCGGCCUCGUCGCGAACCUCUUCGUGGCGCACUCGGCGAUCAGCAUGUACGCGCGGUGCGGCCGCCCGGACGACGCUUACCAGAUGUUCGGCGAAAUGCCGCACCGGGAUGUCGUUUCCUGGAACGCCAUGAUUUCCGGGUUCGCUCACGCGGGCUUGUUCGGCCGGGCCGUGGCGGUUCUCAGGGAGCUGGUGGCGCUGCAGUCUCCGAGGCCUGAUGCUGGGACCAUGGCGAGCAUUCUGCCCGCCAUGGGCGAUGCCAAGCCAAAGGAUAUCACGUUCCUGAGGGGAGUGUUUGAUGAGAUGAGGUUUAGAGGACUCAUCGCUUGGAAUGCGAUGCUUUCCAUCUAUGCUUUCAAUGAGCUGCAUGUUAAGGCCGUUGAGCUGUUCAUGAGGAUGGAGAAGGACGGGGUUGAGCCAGAUGCGGUGACACUGGCGACUGUUCUUCCUUCCUGUGGAGAGGUCUCGGCGUUUUCGCUGGGGAAGAGAAUCCAUGAGAUUAUCAAGAGGAAAAAGAUGUGCCCUAAUAUGCUGCUUGAGAAUGCUCUCAUGGACAUGUACGCCAACUGUGGAUCCUUGAAGGAUGCCAGGGAGGUAUUUGAUUCCAUGAGUGCGCGGGAUGUGGUAUCGUGGACUUCGAUCAUUUCUGCAUAUGGCACGCGUGGUCAUGGGACGGAGGCCAUCGACCUGUUUGAGGACAUGCAAGGACAAGGUCUGGAACCGGAUUCCAUUGCCUUUGUUUCUGUUCUUGCAGCAUGUAGCCAUGCUGGCCUUUUGGAAGCUGGAAAGCGAUAUUUUGAUUGCAUGACUAGCAGAUAUCGGAUAACACCAGGAGUAGAGCACUAUACUUGUAUGGUGGACCUUCUUGGGCGUGCAGGAAGUAUAAGCGAGGCAUAUGAUUUCAUCAUGGCGAUGCCUAUCGAGCCAAAUGAGAGAGUCUGGGGAGCCUUAUUAGGAGCUUGUCGGAUUCACUCGAAUAUGGACAUUGGUUUGUUGGCAGCAGACAGUUUGUUCAGGCUGGUACCCAAACAGUCGGGAUACUAUGUGCUAUUAUCGAAUAUUUAUGCUAGGGCUGGGAGAUGGGCUGAUGUUAACUCAGUGAGAAGUGUCAUGGCAAGCAAAGGUAUCAAGAAAUUGCGUGGUGGUAGCAAUGUGGAGAUAGGGGAUCAGGUUCACACAUUUCAUGUUGGUGAUAGAUCUCAUCCACAAUCGGAAAUGAUAUACGAGAAGUUGGAUGAGUUGUUAGGAAGGAUCAGGGGAAUGGGUUAUAACCCAGAAGUUGAGGGCGCGCUUCAUGAUGUUGAAGAGGAAGACAAGGAGGGCCAUCUUUCAGUGCACAGCGAAAAGUUGGCUAUUGCAUUUGUUCUGAUAAACACUAGUCCAGGGACACCUAUUAGGAUAACACUGAAUCUUAGAACAUGUAGUGAUUGCCAUCAUGCUGCAAAGCUCAUCUCAAAAAUCACAGAUAGAGAGAUUAUCCUCAAAGACAUCAAUAGGUUCCACCAUAUUGUACAAGGAGUUUGCUCAUGUGGAGACUACUGGUAACAUAGUAUAUGAUUAUCAAA